AUGCGGUGGUCUCUGCCUCAUAUUCCAUAUCCGCCUGCAAAGGCUGGAUUCUGGAGCCCUGUCACAUCGACACUAAACUGGUGUGAAGAGGACUACUAUGCGACCGUCUACUCCGCAGAGAUUGUCAAUGCCCUAACAAAUCUCUUGUUUAUGUGGCUGGGUAUCAAGGGCAUCAUCAGCUGUCGCCGCAAUGGACACGACCAGAUCUUCACCGUUGCCUUUUUGGGCUAUCUGGUUGUAGGAACGGACCCGAUGCAGCUUGUCGACGAGCUCUCCAUGAUCUACACAACCUGUUUGAUGGCCUACGCCUCAUUCUCAUACUCGCGUUCAACCGGUAUCCGCGUAUUCCUCGCCAUCUCCCUCCUCAGUCUAGCAGUCUUCAUCACCCUCUAUUACCAUUACCUCCAAGACCCAGUCUUCCACCAGAUUGCCUACGCUCUCUUGACCACAGUCGUCGUCCUGCGCAGCGUGCACACCAUGGAGACCACGCUUCGGCCCCGGUGGCGCCACUCCCGCGAGGAAGAUCGACUAGAGCGCCAGAAGAAGGGUCUCCCGGUACCUACCAAGGAACGCCAGCAUUUCGAGAAUGAGCGCGACAGGAAGACCAUAAAGACGAUGUGGUUCAUGGUUGCCUACGGGCUUAGUAUGUUCAUCGGCGGCUUUUUCAUCUGGAAUCUGGACAACCAGUUCUGUUCGCAGAUCCGCGUGUUGCGUCGGAAGGUGGGCUUGCCGUGGGGGAUUUUCCUGGAGGGACAUGGUUGGUGGCAUAUCAUGACCGGUGUCGGUGCAUACUUGUAUAUCAUCUGGGGUAUCUGGCUGCGACACUGCCUGAAUGGUCGCCAGGACGACUUUCACCUGCGCUGGGCGCACUUCUGGCACAUCCCCGAGAUCAUUCGUACCACACCCCUGUCUGAGAAUGGGGUUGCUCGAGCUAAAAAGUCUACCUAA